AUGGGUACAGAGGAUCAAUCACAAUCCCCACAAUCACAACAACAACAACAACAACAACCAUAUGGCCAACAGCCAUAUGGUCAAUACUAUCCACCACCACAACAACAACCACAGUAUCAACAACCACAACAAUACCAAUACCAACAACAAUACCAACCACAAUUCAAUCAACCAGUAGAGCAAUCAUACCAACAACAACAACAACAACCUCAUUAUGCAAUGCCAUUACCACCCCAACAACAACCACAACCACAAUAUCAUCAUGAUCAAGAUUCAUUAAUGGGUGGGGGUGGUGGCCAACAACCACCAUCACAAGGAAUGUAUGGUCCAGAAGAUGAAUAUGAAAAGUUUCCAAUGCAACCACCAUAUAGAGAUUUGCCAUUUGGUAUUGCAUUUUUGGCUCAUUUAGCCUUAUUAUUAGUUAUUACAAUCUCAGCAUACAGUAAAUCAAUCACCCCAUAUUACGAUUCACAUUCAUACAUUGACUCAAGCGGUGAAAUUAUGGGUUUACUCUUUGUUAUUUUACCAUUUACAAUUAUUUUCUGUGUUUUAUUCCUUUUUGCUUGGAUGAGAUUAGCUAAAGGUCAUGGUGAAGGUUUAAUUAGAUGGAGUAAUGCUGUUGGUAUCAUUCAAGAUUUCCCAUCAACAUUAAGAUUAUCAUAUGCUGCAAUGUUGGUUAAUUUCGUUUGUUUUAUCUACCCCCGCACAAACGUCGUUCGUGUAAAUAGAGUUUAUGAAGGUGGAGUUCAAACUUGUAUCAACAUAUACCUUGUUUUCUCACUCUACUGGACAUUCCAAGUAAUCAAGAACACUCUUCAUACCACCAUCUCUGGUCUCUUCGCAACUUGGUACUUCCAAUCUGGUCCAAAUGGUGAAGGUAUGCCACCAAAUCCAACAUUAAAUUCAUUCAGACGUGCAACCACAACUUCAUUUGGUUCAAUUUGUUUCGGUAGUUUAGUAAUUGCAGUUAUUCAAACAUUACGUUAUAUUACACAACUUAUGAUGAACAACAAGAAUGGUCUUAUCAGAGUCAUUGGUUUAAUCCUCAACAUUCUUUUAGGAAUUAUGGAAGCAGUUCUCUCGUUCUUUAAUAUUUAUGUAUUCACUCAUGUCGCAAUUUAUGGUGAAAGUUAUGUUGCAAGUGCAAAGAGAUGUGGAAAUUUAUUCGCUGAACGUUUAGGCUCAACUAUUAUCAAUGACAACUUUAUUGGUACCACUAUUAGUAUCUCUGCUUUUGCUGCUGCUCUUUUAUUAUCAGUUAUCGGUUCAUUAAUUGGUUAUGGUUUCCAAGGUGCUUUCUAUGGUGGUAUUUUAACCUUUGUUUUUGGUUUAUUAGUUAUCGUCAGUUCAUUAGAGGUUGUAUAUUCAGGUGUCGUUUCAUUAUUUGUCUGCUAUGUAUUAAAUCCAUCAAUCCUUUAUCACACCAAACCAGAAUUAUAUGCAAUUUACUCACAAACCUAUUCAUUAAGAUAG